AUGUCAUCUGAACAACAAAAUGUGAGUGCAGAUGCUGUUCAACAGCACCCAAUUCAAACUACAAAGCCGACGGGACCCAACAGGCCUAAUGAACCCGAAAUUUUGGAGGUUGAAAAAAUUCUUGAUAAACUACAAUAUGAAGAUGGAAGGGUAUACUACUUGCUAAGAUGGAAAGGGUUUGACGCAAGUGAGGAUACUUGGGAACCCCCCACCAAUCUAGACUGCCCUGACUUGAUUGCCGAGUUCGAGCGGAACUUUCGAGAAACGAAUAGACUAGCAAAACGGCCAGGAGGAAAGAAACCGAAAAAGUCUGCCAAGAAAGCCAAAUCGACAUCGACUCAAACAAGUGUUAAAAAGACGCCCAGAACUGAACAGGACUACAUACCUGGGCCAUCCUCAAAAGUAGAUGAAGAUGACACAGAUUCGGAUGAAGAGCUGUACGGAUUCGACCGAGGACUGGAACCAGAGCAGAUUCUGGGAGCUACUGAUGACGGGGGUAGACUAAAAUUCCUCAUCAAGUGGAAAGAUUUCAGGAAAAGAGACAUUGUCUUGGCCGAGGAAGCUAAUGUGAGAUGCCCUCAGCUAGUUAUUGAGUACUACGAAAGACGAUUGACCUGGAAGUCUCGCAGAACUUGA